UUAUUCGAUAUUCGAUAGGAACCAGUUAACUUUUCAUUUAAUUCAGAAGUAACUAUAAUAUUAAUGGGUUUUUGACUUUUGAUCAAAAAAAUCGGUCACAUGACCAAAUUUCUUGAGAAUUUGAAAAGUUGAGUCUUCACACGACAUUUUAUUUUAACCAUAAAAAAAUUUUGAAAAAUUGGAUUGAAUAAGACCAUAGAGUAAUACAACAGUGGACAGAUCAUCAUGCCUAGAAAGACACAGAAUAUAAACUCUUUGAGUAGAGGGUAUAUUCGUGCUUCUAUGAACAAGUACAAUUUGUUCAACUUGUACAAAAAAUCACCCAUAAGAUAUAAUGGUAGAACUUUAUAUCAACAAAAAUGGACCUCCAAGGCCGAAACUAGAGCAUAUCAUGGUGAACAUUUAACUGAAUCACGUUGGAAGACUAUAUUUAAUCCUUCAUUGGAAACUGUUGCUCAAUUGGAUGCUUCUUUAAAAGGUUCAAAAGUAGCUCCAACUCCUAUGGCUUUACAAACGUAUGCUAGUUUGGAAAAGAGACUUGAAUUUGCUAUAUUCAGAGCUAUGUUUGCUUCUUCCGUCAGGCAAGCAAGAGAAUUCAUCAUUGCUGGUAAUGUAAAGGUUAAUGGAGUCACCAUAAAACAUCCAUCAUUUCCUCUUAGAGGUGGGGAUGUGUUUAGUGUAGAUCCUGAAAAGGUUCUUUAUGCUAUGGGAAGAAAAAAGCCUUCAUUAGAUGUCGCUUUAAAAACAGACACCAAGCAAAUAAUCACUUGGAAUAAACAUGUCAAGGCUGCUAUUGAAAACCCAAGAGUGGUCUGGGAAUUAAUGCAAGCUAAACCAAAAUCAUUAGACACAAUAAAUUCAAAGUCACUUUCAAAUAAAGAUACAAUUAAAAACUUCAAUGUGCAAAUUGAAAAGAAUAUGAAAGCAAAACAAAAGAGAGUCACUAAGCAAAGUAUUUUAGGUAAGAUCUUGAGAACUGCAAAGACUUCAGAAGUACCCGUAGGAGCUGAAACAUUCGUUGAAUUCGGUAGCGAUGCACCAAAAUGUAAUUUAAUUUACCAAAAGUUGGUAGACUCAAAGCAUAGCUUGAUUGAAAGUCAUUCACAUGGUGAAGUUUCAAAAUAUCUUUCAAUUAAAAAAGAUGAUAUCCAAAAUCAAGAUGAAAAGCAUUUAUUAAGACAAAUCAAGCUAGUUCUUGGUGAAAUCGAAAGAUCAAGAUGGGAGCAAAUACGUUUAGACUCCGAACAAUCAAAAUUAUCAUCUUCUGAUAAGUCUAUACCAUUUACAAGUGAAUUCACUAAUAACUUAAAGUUUCAUCCUAAGUUGGACAAAGAACAAGCAACUGAAGAUGAAACCAAAGCUCAGGUAGAUUUACCAUGGCAAAGAGGGUUAUUUGGUCGUAAAGAUCCAUCAAAGCCUUAUUUCACUCCAUGGAAUCCAAGACCAUUUAUUGGUUGUUUUGCAAUUUUACCAGCCCAUCUUGAAAUCUCCUUUAAAACUUGUCAUGCGGUCUAUUUAAGAGAUCCAAUCGCUAGACCUGGUCAAUCGGAAGUUAUAACUCCAUUCCCAGAUCAUGUCCACGAAAGAGCAUACAUGCAUUAUGUUAGAAAAGGUAUGUAGAUAAAUAUCAAAAAUUUCUGUAUAUAGUAAAAAGUAAUUUUAGAUCUUUU